AUGGAGACGGCGAAGACGCUCGCGGAACGCGCCGGAUGCGAGACGCGGGGUGUGGUUUUUGCGCCCGCGCUGUGGGCGCGCGCGUCGGGGGGGUGGACGCGGGAUGAAACGAGGGAGGCGUUACGGGAGCUCGGCGGCGCCGGGGCGGUCGCGUUGGCGACGCGAUACGCGCGAGCGAGAGACGUGGAGGGAUGCGAGAUGGUGCGGGGGGCGUGCGUGGACAUGGGUUUAGUCGAUGACGCGCGCGAGGUGGGGAUGAUUUUGGCGAAGCUUUUGUCGGCGACGCCGGGGAGGGAGGGCGACGCGGAGCGGGCGUGGUCGGACAUCGCCGAGAGCGCCAGAGGGAACGCGGCGAUGCGCGCAGAGGGGCACUGCGUCAAGCUCGAGGGGUUAUGCUUGAAUCCUUCGCGCGUGAAGGCGUUCGUAGAGGCGUACGAUGCGUUUAGAGAGGAAUUUAGAGACGCAACCACGGGGGAGUGGACGCGUCGAGCGGCGACGCCGGCGCGCGUGCAGCGAGCGUACACCGCGGCGUGUAGGCUCAUCAACACCUCGCACAGCGCCAAGCUCGCGAAGAAGGUGACGUAUGAUUUAUUGCGCGAUCAUCAGAUCAUGCGUCGCGAGCUCGACGGUUUCGCGCUCGCGACGGAUUAUUGCGUCUGCGCGCUCCUCGGCGCGGCGACGCCGAGCACGGAACACGCGGCGAUGGAGCUCUUUGAAAUAUCUCUCGAGAGCGGCGUCGAUCUGAGCGCCACGACGUGGUCGUACGUCGUGAGUAUGUACGCCGGAAUGAACAGAGUGGACGAGGCGAUCACGAUGCUCGAUCGUCUCGAGGCGCUUCCAUUCAUGCAGUCUGGGACGCUCGGCGCCUUGGCCUUUGCCGCGGCUUUCAACAACAAAGAUGACUCCGAGGCCUCGAUCAAGCUGAAGAAACGCGCAAAGGAACUACAAUUAGCUGAGGCCCGCAAUGCCGCCGAGCGUUCAAAGGUGGAACGGGCGUACGCGCACGUCAUGCGCAUGUUGAACGCGCAAGGCAACUUUAAAUUUGCCUUGCGAGUCUUCACUCGCAUGCAAUCAUCGGGUGUUCGGGCGACGGAUUCGGAGACGUACGUAAGCUUGUACAACGCGCUGAGUGAACGAACUCCUGUUGACGAUCCACUGGGGAAGAGCGUGCGAAGGAGUAAUUUACAUCGCGUCUUGCAAACCAUCAAGACGCACUUGAAGGAUGUCGAGGCGCUCGUCGUCGCCCUGGAGGUGGCAUCGCACGCCGGCGUCGCCGACGUCUGCGAAGAUAUUCACGAUCGUCUUCGUUGGAACGGUCAUUUUAAGAACGCAUCCGUGCGAACGAGGGUGUGGCAGCACAUGAUGACUGUGCGAUGUAACGAGCGAGACCGACUGGGGACGCUGCAGUUGUACGAGGAGUGGUCGCGAGAGGGCGACGACGAGAUCGUCGUCGGAGAUGACUUUUGGUUCUACCUCAUCAAGUCAUACUGCGACGAUACGCCGAAUGUGGACAUGGCGAUGGCUUUCCUCGAGCGCGCGGUUGCGGCGACUUCGGUGACGCGUAAGGCGACGCCUCCGCGAACGUUCAACAUCGUCAUCCAGGCGUGCGUUCGCGCUCGACGCCCGGCGCUCGCGCUCAAUGUUCUCGCGCGCAUGCGCGACGCGAGCGUCACGCCAACGCACAUCACGUAUUUAUUUGUCAUGCGUGCCAUCGAGUUGACGGCGACCGUUGAACAGCCUUCGGGAGAGGACUCGUCGGCGAACGUCUGCCGAUCGCUCAUCGCCGACGCGCGAGAGGACGGAAUCAAGCCCACACCCAAGAUGUGGAGCUCCGCGCUUCGCGCAUGCGCUCGUGGCGGUGACGUCGACGCCGCCAAGGAGGUGUUCGCCGAGAUGAUUAGUGACGGAUGCGAACCGAGCGUGCAUGCAUUUAACGCUCUCAUGGCGGCGCACGUCUCAAAAGGCGACGCGCGUUCCGCGGUUGAAACCUACUGGACCUCUCGACGCGAGCACGAUGUGACGCCUGAUUCGACGACAAUGCAUACCAUCUUACGCGCCGUCGGAGCGGGCGUUCCUAGGGAUGUCGUCGCGAGCGCCGCCGAGGCGUACGCCGACAUGCGCGCCUUCAUUCGGCCAAACAAUGACAUCGUCGCCCUCCUCGCUGAGUCCGCCAUCUCCGACAUCGACAUCCAAUCGGGGAUGUCGGCUGCGAGGAUAUUCGCCGGCGACCACGCCGACGACGUCGAUCGCAUUGAUCUUCGCGAGCGCUCAGUCGCUGAGGCCCGAGUCGUCGUGUUGGAGCUCCUCCAGCGAAUUCGAGAUCGAGCCAGCGCGAGUCGCGAGCCGAUCGCCGGCGACGUUCGCGUUAUCACCGGUCGAGGUAAGGUUCGAGACGAGAUCGAAAAGCUCGCUGCCGAUGUCUGUCUCGUCCUCGCUUACGCCGAGAACGACGACGCGACGCUCGUGAUCACACGCGAGGCGUGUUCACAUUGGCUCGCCAAGCCUUGA